AGAGAGAUAAUAUGAGCGGACGCGGCAAAGGAGGAAAAGGUCUUGGAAAGGGUGGCGCUAAGCGUCAUCGCAAAGUCCUUCGCGAUAACAUCCAGGGAAUCACCAAGCCUGCAAUCAGGCGCCUGGCUCGCCGUGGUGGUGUGAAGCGUAUUUCUGGCCUCAUCUACGAGGAGACCCGUGGUGUGCUGAAGGUGUUCCUUGAGAACGUGAUCCGUGAUGCCGUCACUUACACCGAGCAUGCCAAGAGGAAGACUGUCACAGCCAUGGACGUCGUCUAUGCUCUGAAACGCCAGGGCCGUACUCUGUACGGUUUCGGAGGUUAAAUAUCGACUCACCCGACAAAAAACCAAAGGCUCUUUUAAGAGCCACCCACUUAUCUAAAAAAGCUAAUAUAUCCAUUGUGUCCACGCUCAAAUGAAAGGAACAUCUGAAACAAUGAAAUGGUAUUAUGCAGAAUGUGGAAUGAACCAUUCUGUUAGCCUUGCACUG